GGGAACAAACCACAAAAACCAGAAUCAGAACAAGAAAUUGUUUAAUUCUCCUCCUAUAUUGAAGUGCAUAAUGUCAAUGACUUUCAAGUGUCCCUGAUGUGAUCAGAUAAAAACAGGCACACACAUUUCUUGAAGGUGAUUCGCGCAAGAAGUAAUUUGAAUAUUUGUAGAAUAACCUAGCCCCAACACAUGUUUUACGAAUUACCAACAGAUUUCGAGGAACGGUUGCAGACCAAGUUCACCAGCGCUGUCAAUGACAAGCAUAUCGAGUUUAAUGUUGAGCAGGCAUCAAAUAGUCUUGAUACAAAAAAACUAGGUAACACAACAGUCGAAUUCCAGUUAACUUUGCUCGAGUCGUUGACCCAGAGACCCGAGAAAGGAACUAAGGAGGAGAAUCCAUUCGCCAAGCCUGAACCUGAGCUCACCGUGAUAGAAGACUUUGGUGCUGAUAAUGAUUUGAGAAUAGUUUUCAAUAAGUUCCCAGUUGUUCCAAUGCAUUUCAUGGUUAUUACCAAAGAAUUCAAGUCUCAAAACAGUCCAUUAUCUACUUCAGAGUUAGCGGCAACUUACUCAGUAUUACAUAAGUUGAAGGAUUCUAAUAAGAAAUGGUUUGCGUUUUACAACUGUGGACCAGAGAGUGGUGCAUCCCAGCCCCACAAACACAUUCAAUUCAUGAGUUUACCCAGCGGAUUUUCGCCAUAUGCACAAGGCAUUGCUUUAGGGUCCUCUCCUUUUAUUCCUAAUGUAAAGGAGGAACCUCUUCAAAAUGCUGAUUUAGGCUUUGCCCACUUUGUUGCAAGGUUGCCUGAUUACGCAAGUGGGUUAGAGGAGGAGGACUUGACUAUGUAUUUUGCAUCUUUAUUGCAAAGAACUUUAACUGUGUUAAGAGAAAAUGAUUCUAGUCACAUAUCAUACAAUUUCAUUCUCACCACUGAAUACAUGAUGUUGGUUCCUAGAUCAUCUGGAAAAUUCCAAGAUUUAGGGAUUAACUCUUGCGGUUUCAUGGGUUUAGUUCUUUGUAAGAAUGAGCAAUUAUUGAAUAUGGUUCAGGAUACAGGCCCAGAAGUGAUAUUGCAACUGUGCGCCUUUCCAACUACAGCAGGCCUUGGUAGUGAUGAAUAUCAUUACUAGCUUAGAAGCACUUCUAUAUAUUUUUAUUAAGGAUGUAAUCUAGUGCGCACACUUCCAAAUACAGUAGUCUAUAGCUAGCCAAUAGAACACGCACGAAUUUUGAUUGUGU